AUGUAACUUAUUCACUUCGAGACCGUCAUAUCUUUAAUUUUACUUAAGAAAUUAAUUGAAGAAACGUGCUUUACGAUAAACCGCGUAUCGGAUUUGUUUAAUUGAACCGUUGAAUGUCGAAAGAUCGCUUAAUCAAUAAUACAAAUAUCAAGCCUUACCUAGUCGCUUCGUUAUUGUGAGUUUGUUCACUAAUUCUAUCAAUCCACUUCGGAAUAGCUCUCAUUUUGAAUGUUUUGUGGAAACAAAUUUAUUUAUUUAGUUUAUUUGAGCAUUCCAAACAAAUAAUUCGAACAGUUAGUUUACAACAUUUUAGAUAUUUAGGUCGCUUGUGACAGAAAACAUCUUUUCGUACCAGCUUUUCUUCCACCGAAGUUGCUAAGCAACCAAAACACCUCACAACACCAUUUUUCAACCCAUUAAUUUCUGCCGCCAUAUUGCUCUGUCGCAUUCGUUCAUCGCUACGUUCAUUGUUGACAGCUAACCGGAUAUAAUACAUGUUAUAAUACGCCUCACAAAAUCGAAUCAGCAACAGCAAAUGUGAUAAAAUUAAUUAAUUUUGAAUGAACGCAGCCGGUAUUAGGUCAUUUAACGUUUGAAAAUUAAUUUAUCUGAAAAAAACAUAGGAAAUCGCAAACUCGGAUUGAUAAUUUAGUUUAAUAAUAAUAAUCAGUUCAGUCCGGUGACUGUGUUGCAGUCGUUCAUUUUGGUUUUUUUUUUUUUGAGCCGAUGAGCGACAUUUCAAUUUUCGGAUCCGCCAUGUUAAAUUCAGUUCAUUUUUGCUCCGAUUGUAUUUAGUUUUUGCAAACAAUUUAUGCGCGUUCGAUCGCGCUACAAUUUACAAAAAUGAAAAAAAUAGCUCAGCCAACUAUUCGCAAGGUGUACGGCCAGACCAGUCCACAAGAUACACAACAAAUGAAUACCGUACGUAAAAUAAACAGCUUGCUUUCAAGCGGAGCCGUCAGCGUCACCGGUCCGACACAAUCUCGCUUAUUUAAGCAGAAAAUUCAACAACCCGUUGCUGUUAAACAAGAAUGCUACAUUUGUGAUGAACAUUGUGGUGCUAAUGGCAUUCCGCUGACAGAAGCGCUGACAACAGUUACAAAUACCAAAAUUCCAAAUAAAAUUGGCCGUGUUGUUGGCGAAGAUUUUAUGGUUAUCAUCAGCGUCGAUGACUUGGUGUGCAAACGAUGUUUGGCAUUGUUCAAUCAGAUGGACCGGUUGGAGAACGAUUUGGAGCGUGUUAAAGGGAACAUUUUAAAUUUUAUAAACAAGAAAUACAAACUAAAUGACAAUGAUAGUAAGACUACGUUGUCAUCGCAACCGGCCACCAAAUUGCAAAGAAUUAAUUCGAGUGGUCCACAAAUAACGUACAGCCGAAAGACCAACGGUGAUGAUGAUGAGGUGACAUUAACUCGAAAGGUAGCCACAAUGCCAACGCUACAGGCAUUUCAAAAAGAUUCUGGCGAAUUUUACGAUACGUCAAAUGAUAAGCAGACCAUUCAGACCACAAUGGGAACUCAGAUUCGACAGCACACAACAAUAACGCCGGUCCAAGCAAAGAAACCGCAAUCGGUAACCACCAGGAUGUACAAGUGUGUGUCAUGCGAUUUCAAAACGUGCGACUUGAAAGAGUUCACUCCUCAUUACGAUGUCUGCAAAGCUAAGAAUUCCGGUCUCCGUUGUAAAGUGUGUAAAAAAGGAUUUGCCAAUUCGGCUAUGUUGAAGGCGCAUAUGGACGAGAAGCAUGCGAAAGAGUUUGUGUGCAGUAUCUGUUGCAUUAAUUAUGUUAAUGAAAUUUCGCUGAAGAAACACAUGGAAACCAAUCAUCCUGAUGUCAAAACGAUUAUUGAGACCGCUGCAGCGCCAGUAGGAAUAAGUCAAUUGUUCACCUGUACCCAAUGCAGUUUCAAGACGAAUGAUAAGCAAGGCUUCGACGAGCAUAUUAAAAAGCACAACAAAGUGAAACCCUUCAAAUGUCGCAUCUGUGCCGCACGCUUCGAAACUAGAGAAUUAGCUGCCGUUCAUGCGAAAACUCAUCAACCGGAUUAUUUUAAAUGUGGCAAAUGUUCUGUGUCAUUCCCGCAACGUGAACUUUUAAUGAAACAUUUCGAAACACAUAAGCAAUCAGCCCAGAUCCAAAGCGUUCAGCAAGUCCAACAAACUCAACAGCCGUCUCAACAGGACUUGACAACGCAAAAACUGUUACAGGACACCAUUGACGAAGCGCUACGCGGCGACAACAGUGGUGAAAUGGAUCCCAAAAUCGACUUCUUUUCAUGUAAUGCCUGCUCUCUUACCUUUAUACAAGAGAACUACUACAAUCAGCACAUGGAAACACAUAAACGAGAAGGAACGAAAAAAUCUGUGCCGACAACCAAUUCACAAAGUCUUAUACGCCAGGAGGUUCGAAAUACGAACGCCACAAUAUUACACACGCAAACGAAUUCGAUAUCGGAUGCUGACAUCGAAAGCAUGUUUGAGAAAAUGCAUUCGGACAAAGUGGAGAAUGAAGGCAACAGCAACAGCAGCGAAAUGGUCAUAACGAGCCAACAGAAUUCAGUCGGCGGAAUUUCGUUCAGCAUUACAAUACCACAACAAGAGGAUGGUUCACAACAAAAUUCACAAGAGGGAUCCAACGACGGUAAGAACGACGAGGAAGCCAAUCGAAUGGGUAUUGAUAUGCCAAAUCUUGAUCACGCAGACGAUCAAGAGCAAAACCUUGAGCAGCAAGAACAGCAUUCUGGGCCGGUUAGUAUGCCGAGCCUUGAUGAUGACGGUGACGAUUCCAGCCAUCCUUCGAACACUGAACAAAUCCCAAUGGAUUUAGAAGAGAUGCAAAAUGCCGCCGAAAGUGGUCAAAUCAAAUUCAUUAUGAACGAGGAUGGUCAAAUAUUACAAUUAGAUAAUCACAUCAUCACAACUGACGCAGACGGAAACCAAAUUCUUGUUCAAGGCACCGACAGCGAACAAAUUCAACAACUGUUACAGAGCGUUGGCGUGCUACAAGGCGAAAGCGACGGGGAAACAUAUCAAAUGAUUCAAGGCGAAAAUAACCAAAUGAUUCUAGUACAAGGUGAAGGCAAUGAGGCUCAGUUAAUUGAUGCAUCCAUGUUGAGCGAGGAUGGCCACUUAGUGAUUCAACACGAAAAUGAUGGAGGAUUACCCGAAGGAAUGCACAUCGUUAAUGAGGACGGUGUUCAGGUACCUGUCUCUUUUGCAAUCACUUCGCAACAACAGCACGAACAAUUGGACGAGGAUGGGGCUGUUGAUCAGCAACAACAGAUGGAAGAACAUGAAGCUGAUGAAGAUCAUAAAGAAAACUUUAUGGAAACGAAUGCAGAAGAAGAAGCCCAUCAAGCAACUGAAGAAAAUAGUACAACAACAACUGAAACUGCAAUGAAAACGGAAGCUUCUUCACCAACACACCCCGUGUCGUCAACAACAGGAGAAGGAUUUUUCAACAUAGAAGAUUUAAUGCAGCAACCGGAGCAAAAGUAAAAGAUGAAUGAAGGGACACAACCUACGCUAAAUAGAGUUCUGCUUUAAACAACAACAACAAUAUGGAAAAACCGUCAUUUCAAAUGAGAGAUCCUGCUCCGUUCAAUUUUUAAUUAAAAGUUUAAUUUCGGAAUUAAUUUUAGUUUUUUUUUCUCUUUUUUUUCGGACGCAAAUUGCAUCCGGUUAAAUUUUAUUAUUAUUGUUUAUUGUUAAUGGAAUUGUGCUAAGGAACAAAAAAGAAGCAACAAUAAGUAGAAAAAGAACAGGGAAGAUAAAAAAUGGUAUUUGAUUUAAUUGGAAAUGAUUAAAUAAAAAGAAAAGUGUGACGAUGAAAUGAAAAAUCAUAAAAACGUUCUUUUUUCUCACUUAUUGAAUUGAAUUUGACGACUUGUAUUAAAAAUGAUAAAGAAAAGGGAAAAUCGAUGGAUGGAUGACAUGAUGAAUAUAUAUAAAUAGAAAUAAAUUGGAAACUUUGGGGUUUCGAACGAUUAAAAGGUUUAAAAAAGAAAAAAAUUAAUUAAUCCCACACACAUAAGAAUACUAUUCUUCGGAGAAAAUCACUAAAGACAAAAAUGUGUAACGUGAAAAUAUAAAAUAAAAAUAAAAAACGGAAAAAGUAAACAAAAUGCAUAACAAAUA